AAAAACAUAUUCUAUUGGGGGCAACAUAUAUGCCAGCAAUCACCAUAAGCAUUCAUCAUAUUCAAUAAUUUUUCUUACAAUCUUCACUGUGUUCUUUCCAGAGAAAAUGGCGUCUUCUUCGUUAGCUGUUCACUUCCAAAUCCCUAAUCAGAAAUCUUCUUUAAGAUCUCCGGCGUAUUUGAAACCUUCUAGCCGGCGUUUCAAGAUUUGCCCAGUUUCUGCCACCGUGUCGGAUACUCCGCCGACGGUUUCCAUGUCGCCGGUCCCGGAGAAACUCCCGACCCGGAAAAUACCCGGCGAUUAUGGGUUGCCGUUGAUCGGGCCGUGGAAAGAUCGGUUGGACUAUUUUUACAAUCAAGGAAGAGAGGAGUUUUUCCGGUCUCGGGUUCAGAAAUACGGGUCAACGGUGUUCAGGACGAAUAUGCCGCCCGGCCCGUUUAUUUCGUUUAGUCCUAACGUCGUCGUUUUGCUCGACGGGAAGAGUUUUCCGACGCUUUUUGAUGUGGGAAAGGUGGAAAAACGGGAUGUUUUCACCGGAACUUUCAUGCCCUCCACGGAACUCACCGGCGGGUACCGGAUCUUAUCCUAUUUGGACCCGUCGGAGCCGAAACACGCGAAACUGAAGCAGCUGAUGUUCUUCCUCCUCUCUUCCCGGCGAAGCCACGUCAUCCCGGAGUUCCACAAGAGUUUCACGGAGAUGUUUGAGGGUUUGGAGAAGGAGGUGGGUAGCAAGGGGAAAGUAGGGUUAAAUGCCGCUAACGAUCAGGCGGCUUUCAAUUUUUUGGCCCGAUCGUGGCUCGGAGUUGAUCCGGCCGGGACGAAGCUGGGAAUCGACGGCCCUAAUCUUGUUGGGAAAUGGGUCGUGUUUAAUCUCCACCCUUUAUUAGUUCUCGGGCUCCCUAAGGGCUUAGAAGAAGCUCUCCUCCAUACUUUCCGGUUACCGGCGGGGCUAGUGAAAAAAGACUAUCAGAGGCUCUACGAUUUCUUUUAUUCCAACGCAACGGCUUUUUUUGAUGAGGCCGAGAAUCUCGGGGUGUCACGUGAGGAGGCCUGCCAUAACCUCCUCUUCGUCACGUGCUUCAACUCGUUCGGCGGCAUGAAGAUUUUCUUCCCCAAUAUGAUCAAGUGGAUCGGCCGCGGCGGCGCGCGGCUGCACGCCGAGCUGGCGCGGGAGAUCCGGUCGGUGGUCAAAUCCAACGGCGGGAAAGUCACGAUGGCCGGGAUGGAACAGAUGCCGUUGAUGAAAUCCGUGGUUUACGAGGCCCUCCGGAUCGAGCCACCCGUCCCAGCCCAAUACGGCCGGGCCAAACGCGACCUUAUCAUCGAGUCACACGACGCCGCAUUUGAAGUUAAGGAAGGGGAGAUGUUAUUCGGGUUCCAACCGUUUGCCACGAAGGACCCGAAGAUCUUCGACCGGGCCGAGGAGUUCGUGCCGGACCGGUUCACGGGCGAGAACGCAAACGAACUUUUGAGCCACGUGUUGUGGUCUAACGGCCCCGAAACGGAAAGCCCUACCGUUAACAAUAAACAGUGCGCCGGCAAGGAUUUCGUCGUCUUGGUUUCACGGCUGAUGGUCGUCGAGCUCUUCCUCCGUUACGAUUCUUUCGACAUCGAGGUCGGAACGUCGGCGUUAGGUGCUUCCGUCACCGUAACGUCACUCAAGAGAGCCAGCUUCUGACGUGUAGGUCCCACCGUAUAUUUGCCUAGAGUAAUAUUUUUAUUAUUAUCCUUGUUGUAAUAUGUUUGGAUUAAUUUUUUUUUAAUAAAUCAAAAUUUUUAUUUCUUUUAUA